UUCUUUCAUGAUUUGAUAUGCCACGUGCUUGUGUGACAUUGCGCACAUUAAAAGCCGCUAAUAAUUCAACUUCCGCUCACAACUCACAGCUUUUGGCGGUACAGAGUACAACCAGAUCGAAAAGGCAAACUCCCGGCAUCCUCUCCUCCUACAAGUUGAAGAGCUAGCCGCACUCAUCUCCGCUGCCACUCCAUUCUUGCCACCACAGAGUCGUCAGGCAAGCGCGCCGCCCAUACGUCCAUGGAGAGGUCAAGGUCCUACUCAGAGAAGAGCAGCAGCACCACCACCACCCCGGCCGGCGCCGUCACCGAGCUGAGGUGCUACAGUGCCUCCUACGCCACACCCAAGAAGGCAGCGGGCACCACCAGCUGGCCUCCUUGUACUACAGCUUCUUCCUCGACGUCGGCAGCGGCGGCCGGCUCGAAGGCGAGGUCAUGGAGCGGCAGCUUCCGUAGCGCCCCGGCGGAGCUGCGGAGGAAGAGGAGGGUGGCCGGGUACAGGGUGUACGGCGUGGAGGGGAAGAUGAAGGUGUCGCUCAAGAACGGCGUGAGGUGGCUCAAGGGCAAGUGCACCCAGGUGGUGGACGGCAUUUGGUGAACCCACCGAAGGGCAGAUCAGUCGGCUUAUUCUCUUUUCUGCCUGGUGAUCCUUGCCGUGAUCCAAGAGGUGUCAGAACGUGAGUACGGUCGCAAUCUUCCUUUUCUGAGCUCUGGCGUGGUGUUUUUCCUCACUUUUUAGUAAGAACACAAGUGGAAGGUUGCAAAAAAGAAGGGUAACUGCAAGACUGUCUUGACCAUGCAUACACACUUACUAGUAUGCAACCAAUGGAUGCUUGCCUGUUCUUUAAAAUGCACUCCCUCUGUCCCAUAAUGUAAACAUUUUUUGAUACUAUAUUAAUGUCAAAAAACGUAGACGGAGAGAGUACUAUAAACUUGCUCUCGUUUGUCUGGAAUGUUCAUCUAGCCUGGACAGUUGUAAAUAAACCAACCUAUUUGAUAGACGAGCAGGUUAGUUGCAAGGCACAAUAUUAAAAAACAUGGUAGGCUAAGAGCAUCCAUGAUGCUCUCAUGUUCGUCCAGGGUUUCGCCUGAAGCUUACAGCCCAACUGCCGCUCCUUUUUUUCGAAUUUUUUAAUCUAUUUAUCUUCAAUCAUGAUAGUACAACGAAUAUCUAUACCUACUAAUAAAAAAAAUAGAUAUUCUUAGUCCGUCAUGCUAUUUUAUAGAAAACCCCUUGAUAUUUUUGACAUUAAACCCGCAUUACAUAUCAAAUGUUUUUUAAGUUUAUGGAAUUUGAUUAGGAAAAUAUAUAUUAUGAAUAUAAUGUUAUUUUACCUGUUAACCAUUUAAAAAAACACUAUCUAGGGUGAAUCUUAAUCAACAGUGUAUUAUACGUCUUUCUUUCAUGUACGUAUUAAAUCUACAUGCAAGCCUUGUUUAAAUAGAAGACAUGUGGAAUCUUGAACUUGCGCUUUUGUAGGUAAAGACAAUCUUUAUUUGGGCCGUAACUACAAAUACUCAUAUUAUAGACCAUUUUUUGUAAAUUAAAAGAGUGUGGUAUUUUUUUCUCCCAUUGCAACACACGGGCCCUUUUGCUAGUAAAAAAUAAUAAAAACUAGAUUCAUAGAUCACCUAGCGACGACUACAAGUACUGAAGCAAGCCGAAGGCGCACCGCCAUCAUUGCCCCUCCUUCGACGGAGCCAGGCACAACUUGUUGUAGUAGACGGGUCGAGAAGUCGUCGUGUUAAGGUCCCAUAGGACCAAUGCACCAGAACAGCAACCGCCGCUUCAUUUUCAAGUUGGUCAUCAAAAAUGCUUUUGACUUUGAGAGAUAGGACUACAUGUUGAUUUGCGGGAGAAACUAACCAUGGUACGCUUAGGCCACUCCUAAUGGUUAUAUCUUAGCAUGAUUUUAAGGUGAAAAUCUUUUGUGGCAUUGUUUUUCUUCGACAAAGCAUAAAUGUUAUUGACUUAAAAUGAAGCUGCAAGGAUACAAACACAAUGAACACAUGGCCGGCCUCCACAUAGGUAGAAUGUACACAUAUAACACUGAGAACACACACAAAUAAAUAUGUUGGCAAAGAGCAAAGUGCUAUAAGACCAAGUCUAUGCCUAAGCGAGGAAAAAAAGAAACAAAGGGAUCGAAACAUCAAUUGACAAACUACAGUAAUGACCAUAUCCAAAUCAGCCAUGUUUUGACUCACCAAGGACACCAAGAAAGGUUCUUCAAUGAUAACAUCUUUAGAAAGGGAAUGAUGCUCAAGUGUCGUCGUCACCUUAUCCAACCAACAAAGGCCAGAUUCUAAGUUUUCGCCCUAAAGAAUAAGUUCAAGCAUAUCCAAGCAACGCCUUCAAAAAGGUAACGAUGUAAAAACAUUGUCAUUGCCAGAUAAAACCAACUCGAGUCAAGCUUAGGGUUUUCACCCUAGAACUCAAAACCUGGUACUCAAGGAGCACCACCAAAUCGAAUCCAACCAUGUGCUGUCACCACCACUUUUCGCGAUCACAUCAGCUACAUGC